AUGAGAUCGGCGGCUCCCGUGGUGUACCUGUGUUGGUGCCAGUGCGCGCCAGUCCCGUGCCCAGUGAGGAGCAAAAAUUCUUUUUAUUGGCCCUCCAAAUCGGACAAGCGGCGCCGCCACAACUUCUGCGUCGCCGCGUUCGCCAUGAGAGGGCGAGCCGCCGCCAAGGGCGGCGCCUCGUCCAGCGAGUACUACAUGGAGCAGGAGAACGACGACCAGAUCGGGCUGCUCGCCGGGAAGGUGAGUGCGCUGCGCGGCAUCGCCGUCCAGAUCGGCGAUCACGUGCGCGAGGACAACAAGAUGCUCGACGGGCUUGAUGACCGGCUGGGCAAGCUCGCGUCCUCGAAGGACUCGAGGCACAUGUUGUACCUCGCGCUCUUCGUGGUCGCCGUGAUCCUCCUCAUCUACAAGCUGCGGUGA